UCUGAGUUUUUUUUUUUUUUUUUUUUUUUUUUUUUGUCUUGCCGCAACAAUGAGCUCGUUUAUGAAAGGCAUCCUCAUUGUCAAGCUCGUCGAAGCGCGCGGGCUGACCAAGCGCGGCCGCGACCCCGGCCGUCCUUACUGCGUUGUCGGCUACGACGGCACAGAAGUCCUCACGCACGACGCCGACGGUGUUGGCGACGGCUGCGUCUGGAACCAGGCCUUCACAUUUGAUGUGUGCCAAGCCAAUGCAGAGCUGAAUAUCGCCGUGUGGGACCGCGCUGGCUCGGCUGGCAACGAGUUUCUGGGCACCUUCAAGAUUCGCCCCACUCGUAUUCCAAACAAAGUCAACGAUACCUGGUUCAAGCUCAUUCCCAAGGACUGGAAGGAGCGCACCAAGGGCGAGAUUCACCUCGCGCUUUGCUAUCGUCUUGUCGAUGCCAAACCCGUCACCAUUGACGACUUUGAUCUGCUCAAGGUCCUGGGCAAGGGCAGCUUUGGCAAGGUCAUGCAGGUGCGCAAGAAGGACACUGGACGCAUCUAUGCCAUGAAAAUUCUAGUCAAGGACACGCUUGUGGCGCGCGACGAGGUGCAGCACACCAAGGCAGAGCGUCAUGUGCUGGCACAAUGCGACAACCCCUUCCUCGUCAGUCUCAAGUACUGCUUCCAAACACCCGAAAAGAUUUACAUGGUGCUGGACUACGUGCAUGGCGGCGAGCUUUUCCUGCACCUGCAAAAGGUGACGACAUUCUCGGAUGAGCGCGCCAAAUUCUACACUGCCGAGCUCGUCGUCGCGCUCGAGCACUUGCACGCGCACAACAUCAUCUACCGCGAUCUCAAGCCCGAGAAUGUGCUUCUCGACUAUUCGGGACACAUUGUUCUGACGGACUUUGGUCUGUGCAAGGAGAACAUGGAGUACGACACACAAACAAAAACCUUCUGCGGCACUGCCGAGUACUUGGCGCCCGAGGUGCUGAAGGGCCAGGGCUACUCGCGCUCUGUGGACUGGUGGUCACUCGGCGUACUGCUGUACGAAAUGCUGACUGGCCUCCCGCCGUUCUACUCUGAAAACACAAAUCUCAUGUACAAGAAGAUUUUAUACUCGGACAUUAACUUCCCACCCAACGCGGUGUCCGAGGUCGGACAGGACAUUCUCCGCGGCUUCCUGAAGCGCAACCCAGAAGAGCGCCUUGGAGCGGGCCCCGACGACGCCGUACCCAUCAAGGCACACCCCUUCUUUGCAGAGAUUGAUUUCGACAUGCUCGUCUCCAAAAAGCUCCUGCCACCCUUCAAGCCGCAUUUGAAAAACCUUGAAGAUGUGAGCAACUUUGAUCCCGAGUUUACGGUCGAGACGCCAAAGGAUUCGUUUGUCGACCCGACCACCCUCAGCUCCACCCUCCAAAACGAGUUCCGAGGAUUUUCGUACGUGGACUAUGACGAAAAUGCAUUGCACCAGGCUUCAAGGCCUUAAAAAAUCAAAAUUUUGUUUGAGCACAUGGCACAACGCCCACAAGGCUGCUCUGCAAGUUUGCUUUCUCUCCAAUUGGUCGUCAAGAAAUUUGAAACACACACACUACUACUGCACAGAUUGAAUUUGUUUGUUGUUGUUCUGGUUUUGAUGGUUGGUUCUCCUCUGAUCGUUGAUUGUACCGUGCUGCUUUUUUGGCAUGCAUGUAGGACUCUGGGUGCUUUGCUUUGUAAAUGCAUUUGAAUCCCCCAAACUUCAA